UGCUCAUGGCUUCUUCUUCUUCUUCACCUGUCAUGGCUUCUUCUUCUUCUUCCCCACCUCGCAACUGGAGACACCAUGUCUUCACUAGCUUCCAUGGACCAGACGUCCGUCAGACACUUCUCACCCAUUUACGUAAACAGUUCCGCGACAAUGGAAUUACCAUGUUCAAUGAUCAAUGGAUGGAGAGAGGCCACACCAUUGCCUCAUCUCUCAAGACAGCCAUUAGAGAAUCGAGGAUCGCGAUCGUAUUGCUCACAAAGAGCUAUGCAUCUUCCAGUUGGUGUUUGGAUGAGCUUUUGGACAUUGUCGAUUGCCAAAAAAAAUUUGGGCAAAUCGUGAUGACUGUCUUCUACGGAGUAGAUCCUUCUGAUGUUCGCAAACAAACCGGAGAUUUUGGGAUCGCUUUCAAGGAAACUUGUGCUCAUAAAACGGAGGAUAAGAAGCAAGAAUGGAGCAAAGCUUUGAACUAUGUGGGAAACAUAGCGGGAGAACACUUCCAAAACUGGGACGAUGAAGCAAAAAAGAUAGAGAAGAUUGCAAGAGAUGUCUCACUUAAACUGAAUUUCACACCGUGUAAGGAUUUUGAUGGCAAGAUUGGACUAGACAAUCAUGUGAGGGAAAUGGAGUCUUUGCUUGAUUUUGAUAAUCUUGGAGUUAAGAUUGUUGGAAUCUCUGGUCCUGCAGGCAUUGGUAAGAGUACCAUUGCCAGAGCUUUAUAUAGUCGCCACUCUGCUCAAGUGGACGCUUUGGCACAUGAUAUUUCGUGGUUUGGUCCUGGAAGUAGGAUCAUUGUGGUCACUGAAAACAAAAAGAUUUUGAAGCAGCACGGUAUUAAUGUUAUAUAUAAAGUGGGGUUUCCAUCAUAUGAAGAAGCUCUAAUGAUCUUUUGUCUUUCUGCUUUUAAACGAACCUCUCCACCUGAUGGGUUUAUGGAUCUUGCGUCUGAAGUUGUAGAAAUUUGUGACAACCUUCCAUUGGCUCUGUGUGUUUUGGGGUCAUCAUUGCGGGGAAGUAGCCAUGGUGAGUGGAAUGAUGAACUGCGAAGGUUUAAAACAUUUCUCGAUGGAAGAAUUGAGAGUGCAUUGAAAGUGGGCUACGAAAGUUUACAUGAGGAAGACCGACUUCUUUUUCGCUUCAUUGCAGUAUUCUUCAAUUAUAAACGUGUUGAUGAUGUGACAUCCACUUUCCGCAAUACUGACGUAUUGGAUGUUAGACUUGGGUUGAAAAACCUAGUUGAUAGAUGUCUCAUACAUAUAGAUUGUGGUAUGGUGGUAAUGCACAAUUUGCUACAGUUAAUGGGUAAAAAAGUUAAUUCCAAUGAAGAACUUUCCAAACGGAAGAUUCUAGAAGAUCCCGAUGAUAUUUGUCAUGUUCUAAAAGAGGCAAACGGUACUGGAUCAGUGUUAGGUGUAUCACUGGACAUAGCAAAGAUCAACAAAUUAAAUAUAAGCGAGAAGGCUUUUAUAAGAAUGUACAAGCUUCAUAUCCUAAAAGUCAUAGGUUGGAAAUGUGACGGAGGCAGACAGUUGUCCAUACCAGAGAAUAUGGAGUUUCCAUGUAGCUUAAGGUUACUACAUUGGGAGGCAUAUCCGAGAAAAUCUUUUCAGUUUUACCCCAAGAAUCUCGUCACACUGAAUAUGCGAAAUAGCAAGCUCGAGAGGCUAUGGGAAGAAACUCAGGAACUACCAAAUCUCAAAGAGAUGGAUUUGAGUUGGUCAUCUUGUUUGAUGGAACUCCCAGACCUUUCAAAAGCUAAGAAUCUGGAGAUAUUAGUUGUGAAUGGGUGCAAAGCUUUGGUAGAGAUUCCAUCCUCAGUUGUGAAUCUUCCUAAGCUAUGUGAGUUAUUGAUGUAUAAAUGCAAAAGUCUACAGGUCAUUCCAACUCUCAUCAAUUUGGAAUCUAUCAAAUAUUUCUAUAUUGAUAACUGCCCACAACUGAGAAUUUUUCCAGAAAUGCCAACCAACAUCACGAAUCUCAGGAUAGAGACGACAGGGGUAGAAGAGUUGCCUGUAUCAUUUAGGCAUUGCUCUCAUCUUACAGAAGUUGAAAUAUCACUGAAUGAAAAUCUCAAGAACUUCUCAACACAUCUCCCCACUAGUGUAACAGAGCUAGACCUCAGGGAUAGUCAGAUUGAGAGGAUUGCAGACUGCAUCAAAGGUCUCCAUAACUUAGAAACUCUUAAUAUAACAAACUGCAAAAGACUUGAGUCUUUGCCAGAGCUCCCGUAUUCGCUCCGUGAGCUAUUUGCAAGAAAUUGUGAAUCACUGGAGAGAGUAAGUGGCCCUUUAAACGCUCCAGAAGCAAAGCUCUAUUUUAGUAACUGCUUCAGAUUGGGUCGACAAGGAAAACGAGCGAUUAUCCAAAGAUCGUGUUUCAAGGGGUUGACUUUGUUACCCGGAAUAGAAGUACCUGAAGAGUUUGAUUACAGAGGCAGAGGAACUAAGGUAACAAUUCCUCGAUCUGAUUUCAACAGAUAUAAGGAUUCCAUUGGUAAUCGAGUUAGAGGAGAUUCCUCAACAAUUGCUCCUUCCGAUUUCAGCAUAGUCAAAGUUUGCCUUGUGGUGGCGCAAAGAGCCUGGUACUAUGAAAAGUUGAUUUGCAAAUUCAUCGGCAACUCAGUAAAGUAUAUGUCGUUAGAUGCGGAUCUAGUCCUAGAAAAUGAGUACCUAUAUUUUGAGAGGAAACAUCUACUCAUAUUUUUUAUGAGCUUGCCAUUAAUGGAUCCCUCUGAAGUGAGCAGAGAGAUAGUGCUUGAGUUCAAGUGUACAUCACCAGAUACAUACGAUGAUCCGUUUAUGGACUGUGGUGUCAAGAUCUUGACGGACGAACUAGAGGGAAUCAGAUGUUGGGGAUCUGGAGAAGAAGACUGGCGAACACGUUUAUACUACAGACGAGGAAGCAGAAACACCUGA